AAUAAAUCGCUCGAAGGCGAGAUGACGAAGAGCGAAGGAAAGGAGGAAGGCACGAGGGUGCGAAACGUCUUCGUUACAUCGCUCAUCGCAGGAGGUGCUGCUGGGACAUUUGUGGACAUUACACUGUUUCCGCUGGACACGCUGAAAACCCGACUGCAGAGUUCACAAGGAUUUUUAAAAACUGGAGGCUUCUCAGGUCUCUACAGAGGGAUCAGUCCAGUUAUAGUCGGUUCAGCGCCAACAGCUGCGCUAUUUUUUCUAACAUAUGAAGAAAUCAAGACCGUCAUGCAAUCCAGGAUUUCUAUGGAUUAUUAUACUCCACUUCACAUGGGAGCAGCGGCAAUGGGAGAAAUUGUAGCGUGUUUGAUACGAGUUCCAAUGGAAGUUGUGAAGCAAAGGAGACAGGUGCUAAUACGUGAUAAAAAAUUGUUUGAUCUCAAAUUGUUGUAUCGCGGAUACUGGAGCACGGUGUUGCGAGACUCGCCGUUUAGCAUUGUACAAUUUUCACUGUGGGAACACCUCAAAAAAUCCUAUAGUUUCUAUAUCGACAGAGAAAUACGUCCUGUGGAAAGCGCAAUCUGUGGUGCAAUUGCAGGAGGCGUCUCCGCGGCUGUUACGACUCCGUUAGAUGUUGCAAAAACGAGAAUAAUGCUGUCGAGUAGGACAUUGCUUUCGUCAGAAUUAAAGAUACUAGAUAUACUUCGCAGGGUGUAUCUGGAAAAUGGUUUUCGUGGACUAUUUGCUGGUUUUCCCCUGAGAGUAAUGUGGAUCACAUUAGGAGGCUUUAUUUUCUUCGGAGUCUACGAAGAAGCGAAAGCACUUACAUACACAAUAUUUCCAAUGCUGAAAUAAAAUUUCGUCAGUCCUCA